UAAUUUUUAUUAUGAUUACACUGAGUUCACUCCCGUUAAUACUGCGACGCCAGAUCGAUCUCAACCCUAGUCUUUCUCCCUAACCCCCUCUCUGCUCCCCCACUCCCUCCCUCUUCUCCUUCGAUAUCGGACCUCCUCUUCUCAUUCUUUUUUCUCCUUGAUUCCACCGUCGUCAUCGCCGCGGUUUCCGCUUUCUGCGUGCCCUCAGGUGGCCCCGGAGUCCGGCAACAAGGCAUCCGGCUCCUCUCCCUCCUUCCAUUUGACUUCCUGUGAACCCGCGUUUGCUCUUCAUGGCGAUCUAGAGGAGGACUGGUUCGAACUCACAUAAUAAAGUCAAAACAGAUGUUGAAUUGUGGAUAUUGUAAGCUACGAUAGAAUGGAUCCUGAGAGCAAGAAGUUUGGAAGAGGACCUAGGGAGCUUACAGGUGCUGCUGAUUUGAUUAACCGCUACAAGCUGUCAGCACACCAUGAUUUCUUUUGCAAAAGAAUUCUUCCUUUGUCAAUUUCAGACACACAUUAUCUCCACAAUGUUGUAGGAGACACAGAAAUCCGAAAGGGAGAAGGCAUGGAGCUGGGUCAGCUCUUUCAGAGUGCUCCAUACCUGAGAGAGACAACAGCUCAGAUUCAACAAUUCAACUUGGAUAUACUAGGGCAAGCAUUUGAGCUGGGAGAUACUGCCCCUAUUGACUUGCCUUUGUCAGAAAAAGGAACACCAACCAUUCCUGGGAAAUCUAAAGGAGAUUCUAAAGACAAGGGGAGGAAGCACAAAAAACACAAGGUCAAAGAUAGAGAAAAGGACAAGGAGCAUAAGAAGCACAAACGUCGACAUAAAGAUCGGAGUAAAGAUAAAGACCGAGAGAAAAAGAAGGAUAAAAGUGGACAUCAUGAUUCUGGUGGUGAUCAUUCAAAGAAACAUCAUGAGAAGAAGAGGAAACAUGAUGGUAAUGAAGAUUCAGUAGAUAAUCACAAACACAAGAAAAGUAAGGUAGUUGGCAUGCAUAAGAGUCUAAAGAUUGAAGAAGUGGGAGGGAUAAAGGUUUCAAGCUGAUAGAAGUUGACUACUUGUUGUCUGUCUUCAUUGUCUCACUAUCAAGCAUUCUGUUGGAGAAGAUUAGUUCGAAGGAUUUCUUAUCUUGCACCAGAAUUCUUUGAGGUAAUCUGCUUCUUGUCGUCGUGAUAACAUGGCCAGACUACCCCUUUUUUAUCAAUUAAUUCUUAAAUUGUCUGAUAUAAUUUGUUAUGAUGAACUGAUCUGAUUUCUGUGUCAUGAAUGUACUUUAGUCCGUAAAUGGCUAUAUAAAUUAGGCUUGCCACCAUUGUUGUGGCAUGUUGCUGGAAUCAUAGAAUCAUUAUUUUUAGUCUUUUUGGUAUCAUUGAAUAUGUCUGUACUCUUUGCCAUUUAGGCUUAAACCUACCACUCUUUGUCUCUAUGUUCUGAGUUAAAAGUUCAAAAAAGAAAAUAAAAAGCUGAAAUUAUGCGAUCAUACGCAUACAUAUUAAUCAACUAGUUGAAAUAGCCCUCUAGAAACUGCCACUAAUCAUUUUGUGGUCAGGAACUCCAUCGUUCAAGGAUUGCCAUUCUGUGUGAUACCAUUUUGGCACGGGCAGAAAAAAAAAGGUCUACUCAUAUGUCUGCACCUCAAUGUUACGUCAGCACCUUGGCAUGGGUCAGCAUUGUGCACACGAAUUCUUUUCUGGCGUGGUGCGUUCCAUUCUCACAUUGGUCGGAACAACAAGCUUUGCCAGUGAUCACACUUUAAUAUUUAUAUGAGUGUUUUUCUUAAAGUAACUUUGCAUUUUGGUUUCUGGGUGAAGAUGCAAGUUUUUGUAUCAUCGCUUUUUCAUCUAACUUUCUUCUUAACUUGGUGCAUCACCUGGCAUGUUCUCUGUAGUUCAUGAAUUGUUCUGUGUUUUUUGUGAUGGCUUGACACGUUUGUAAUUUCAUUGGAUGCCAAGUCCAAAUGUUACGAUUGAUAAUUUUUCCAAACUACCAAAGGAGCAAUGCUACAUGCACAGGAUUCA